AUGAAGCUGGCGGUCUGCUGCGCCCUGCUCUGUACAGGGGCCCUGGGUUUGUGUCUGGCUGUCCCAGAAAGAACCGUGACGUGGUGCACCGUGUCAGAUCACGAGGCCAGAAAAUGCGCCAGUUUCCGUGACAAUAUGAUCAAAGUCCUUCCAGUGACUGGCCCCUUUGUGAACUGUGAGAAGAAAGCCUCCUACCAUGAGUGCAUCGAGGCCAUCGCAGCAAAGCAAGCAGAUGCUGUGACCCUCGAAGCAGGGUGGAUCUAUGAGGCAGGCCUGGCCCCGCACAACCUGAAACCCAUCGUGGCUGAGUUCUACGGCUCCAGAGACAGUCCACAAACCCACGCUUACGCCGUGGCCGUGGUGCUGAAAGGCAGUGGCUUCCAGCUGAACCAGCUGCAAGGCAAGAAGUCCUGCCACACGGGCCUGGGCAGGUCCGCCGGGUGGAUCGUGCCCGUCAGCUCGCUUCUCUCCAGCCUGCCAGAGCCUCACAUGCCAAUUGAGAGUGCGGUGUCCAAGUUCUUCUCGAGCAGCUGCGUCCCCUGUGCAGAUCCAAAGAGCUCCCCCAGCCUGUGUCAGCUGUGUGCGGGGUCAGGGACAGCCAAGUGCGCCUGCAACUCCCAGGAGCCUUACUUCGGCUACUCAGGCGCCUUCAGGUGUGUACAGGAUGGUGUCGGGGACGUGUGUUUCGUCAGGGACAUGACGGUGUUUGAGAACCUGCCAGACAAGGCCGACAGGGACAGGUACGAGCUGCUGUGUCCAGACAACACCCGGAAGCCAGUGGAUAAGUACAAGGAAUGCCACCUGGCUCGGGUCCCGUCUCACGCCGUCGUGGCCCGAAGUGUGGAUGGCAAGGAAGAUUUGAUCUGGGAGCUUCUCAGCAAGGCUCAGGAGCACUUUGGAAAGGACAAGAAGGCAACAGAGUUCCAGCUCUUUGGCUCCCCUCAUGGCAAGGACCUGCUGUUCACAGACGCUGCCCAAGGCUUUGUGAGGGUGCCCCCUAAGGUGGAUGCUCUGAUGUACCUGGGAUCUGAGAGCAGUGAAGCCAUUCGGAUUCUAAGGGAAGGUGAGCAGCCUGGUGCCGCUGCCUCCAGGAAGGUGCGGUGGUGCGCCGUGGGCCAGGAGGAGAAGGCCAAGUGUGACCACUGGAGUGCGGUGAGUGGAGGUGCCAUCCUGUGCACCACGAGGGAUGCCACCGAGGACUGUCUGGCUGCCAUCACGAAAGGAGAUGCUGAUGCCAUGAGCUUGGACGGAGGAUUUAUGGAGACAGCGGGCAAGUGUGGCUUGGUGCCUGUCCUGGCCGAGAACUACAAGUCUAAAGACGGCCAUGAGGACCCUGCGUCUAACUGUGUGGAUACACCCACAGAUGGUUAUUACGCUGUGGCAGUGGUUAAGAAAUCAGAUGCCCACCUCACCUGGAACUCCCUGAGGGGCAAGAAGGCUUGCCACCCCGCAGCUGGCACGUCUGCAGGCUGGAUCAUCCCCAUGAGUUUAAUAUACAACCAGACCAGGUCCUGCCAAUUGGAUGAAUUCUUCAGUCGAAGCUGUGCCCCUGGGGCAGCCCUCAAUUCCAGUCUCUGUGCCCUGUGUAGCAGCAGCCUGCCGAGUGCCCCCGACACGUGCACCCCCAACAGCCAGGAGAGCUACUACGGCUUUACGGGGGCUUUCAGAUGCCUGGUUGAGAAGGGAGAUGUGGCCUUCCUGAAGCACUCCACGGUCCUGCAGAACACGGACGGAAAGAACCCUGCACCAUGGGCCAAGGAUCUGAAACACGAAGACUUUGAGUUUCUGUGCCUCGAUGGCACACGGAGACCUGUGACUGAGGCUCAGAGCUGCCACCUGGCCAAAGUCCCAAAUCACGCCGUGUUCUCGAGGAAGGGGAAGGCUGAAUUCGUGCGCAGAAUUCUCCUCAACCAACAGGAGCUCUUUGGAAGAGAUGGGUUUGAAUAUGCGAUGUUCCAGCUGUUCAGCUCGUCAGGCCAUGACCUGCUGUUCAGUGACGACACCGAAUGCUUGGCCAACCUUCAGAACCAAACCACCUAUGAGGAGUACUUAGGGCCCGAGUAUCUGAAGACACUUGGGAACCUGAGACAGUGCCUAGCCAGUGAGCUUGUAGAUGCCUGCACGUUCCGUGGAAAUUUUAACUGA